AUGAACAAAAAAGAUCUGUAUAUCAAAAUAUCUUUGAAAACAGCAGACUCAGAGCCUGCAACAGCAGACGCAGAGCCUACAACAGCAGACGCAGAGCCUGCAACAGCAGAUGAAGAGCCUGCAGCAGUAAGCAUCCCCUCUAUUGAAGAGCAGCUCUCCAAAGAAAAAGAAAAAAAUAAAGCUCUUGAAGAGAGGGUACGACAGUUGGAACAACAUGUACAAACUUUGGAGAGCAGUAGCAAAAUUGAAAAAUUUGGAUUAGAACGGUAUGCACAUGAUGAUGCUAAAAUACAGUUUUACACUGGAUUUCCCAGUUACAAAGUAUUAAAAAUAUUUUAUAUGUUUCUUGAGCCACAUGCAAAAGGAAUGUACCAGGCAUAUGGCAAAUCAGGCGAAAAACUUUGCAUGAGACGUCCAAAUGGAAAUAUGCAGCUUAUUGAUGAACUGUUUAUGUUUCUUUUGCGGCUGAGACUGGGUCUAUUAAUAACAGAUCUCUCAGAUCGCUUUGCAAUUAGCGCAUCCUCUGUGAGCACUAAAAUCAAUGCGUGGGCAAAUUUUUUGUAUACCAUUCUUGGCAGCAUGAAUAUCUGGCUAUCUAGGGAAGAAAUAGACGAGUAUAUGCCAGAUGACUUCAAGGCUACUUUUCCAAAAACAAGAAUAAUUGUAGACUGCACUGAGUUGUUUAUGCAGAACCCUUCUUCAUUAGUGAGAAGCAGUCAGUUCUACUCCAACUACAAAGGUCAGGCAACACUCAAGUCUUUGAUAGGAAAGGGUCAGUUUUCUGAAAGUGAAGUCACAGCCAACCAAAGUAUCAGUUCACUACGAGUACAUGUGGAGCGAGCAAUCCGCAGAGUCAAAGAGUAUAAGGCUUUUUCACGGAAAGAUUCCUUUGACCUUAUGUGGUAG